AACUCAAAAUUUGCGGUUCACCACUUCCGCAAUUUAGACAUUUGCUCGCUUCUCUCUUUCUUUCCGGCUCGUACCAGAGUCAAGUGAACACACUUUUUGUGUAUCAUAAAAAUUAAUUUUUAAGCCCUUAAGUAGAACGCCACUAUGGGGCGCGUCAUUCGUGCACAGCGUAAAGGUGCAGGGUCUGUCUUCACUGCCCACACCAAGAAGCGAAAGGGAGAGCCCAAGCUGCGCGCCCUCGAUUAUGCCGAACGUCACGGUUACCUGAAGGGAGUCGUAAGGCAAAUCAUCCACGAUCCUGGUCGUGGUGCCCCGCUGGCCGUGGUCCACUUCCGCGACCCGUACAAGUUCAAGCUGCGCAAGCAGUUGUUCAUCGCGGCCGAAGGUAUGUACACCGGACAGUUCGUGUACUGCGGAAAGCGCGCCCAGCUGCAGAUCGGAAACGUGCUACCGAUCGGUCUGAUGCCGGAAGGUACCAUUGUUUGCAACCUGGAGGAGAAGACCGGUGAUCGUGGCAAGUUGGCCCGUACGUCGGGUAACUACGCCUCGGUCAUUGCUCAUAAUCCGGAUACAAAGCGCACGCGUGUGAAGUUGCCCUCGGGAGCUAAGAAGGUUCUACCGUCCGCUAAUCGGGCCAUGGUUGGAAUCGUUGCUGGUGGUGGUCGUAUUGACAAACCGAUCUUGAAGGCUGGUCGUGCCUACCACAAGUAUAAGGUGAAGCGUAACUGCUGGCCGAAGGUGCGUGGUGUUGCCAUGAACCCUGUUGAACAUCCCCACGGUGGUGGUAACCAUCAGCAUAUCGGUAAGGCGUCGACCGUUAAGCGAGGAACACCACCGGGUCGCAAGGUCGGUCUUAUUGCUGCCCGUCGUACCGGUCGUAUUCGCGGUGGUAAGGGUGAUGAGAAGUUCAAGGAGAAGGAGAAGAAGUAAAGUGUUAGGAGGGGAUUGCGAAAGAGGAAGGAGUGUGCUGCUGAUUGAUUACGUUGUGUUUUUAAUUGACCUUGAUCAUGCGGGAAUGAGGAGGCAAGCGAAGAAUACAUUUGUAAAGGAUUGGAAAUAAAUACAAUUUCAAUCAAAAUAA